AUUAUUUUUAAAUUAAAGUGUUUUAAGAUAUUUCAGACUAUUUACAGCUCUCCGACAGACGAUAGAUGAUGGUGAAGGGAGGAGCAGUAUGCCAAACUUAGUAACACUAUUAUAUUAUUUUUGGAAAUUGUUUCUGUCUUCGGCGAUGGAGAUCUUAAAGGAAAUUCAGAUCCAAAGCAUGGCGUUUGUUUUUACAGGGCUCAGAAUGGCGGGAAACAUUCCAAAGAUUCUAAGACCUGGGAGCAGUGUUGAAAUGAAACUAAGGGAGCAUCCUCCUGAUUGUUUAUCAGAUCCUAUGCUGGGUAGACAUCUAUACCUUAAAAUAAAGGGCACAAAGUAUCACUAUGUUGAAUCAGGAAGUAGGAGACAUGAUAUGAUCCUUUGUCUUCAUGAUUUCUCCGAUUUCUGGUAUGGUUGGAGAAAACAACUCAGAGGACUUUCAGGUUCUUAUUGGGUGGUUGCUCCAGAUUUAAAAGGGUUUGGAGACAGUGAAAAACCUUUCCUAGCAACAAAUUAUAAAGAUGACGUCAUCCUUGAGGAGCUGCGUCUGUUCAUAGAAAUCCUCCAAGACUCCUCCGAGAGAAAGGUCGUCAUUAUCGGACACGGGCUAGGAGGUCAUAUUGCUUGGAAGCUAUUAGAACGAUAUCCUAACUUGUUUUCAAAGUUUGUGUCUAUCUCUACCCCGCAUCCUAAUGUUUGGUUGAAGAAUAUGAUGAAAUCAUGGAGAAGUGUUUUCGAAAACAGGUGGUUUUAUGAGUGCAGAGUUCCUUUCCUCCCAGAACGAGCUCUGCUAGGUAACGAUUUGGAAGUUAUUGAUAAAAGGUUUAAGAAGUCGGGCAGUGUAAUGGAUUUAUCUUCUUAUUCAAACUUUGACAAGGAAGCCUACAAAUAUACAUUUUCACGACGGGAGGACUGGCAGGGCCCUGUAAACUACUUUAGGAAUCUACCCUUGACCCAAACAUCUUGCAAAGGCGUUGAAAAACAAGUUGUUGAUAUUGACACCUUGUUCCUAGUUGGCAACCUAGAUCCUAAAGUUAGUUUGGAAAUGGUCUCACAAUCCGCAGAAUACGUUUCAAGGUUUGCUGUCAAGAUUGUUAAUAUGGCUGGAAAUGCCCCACAUCAAGAGCAACCUGAUUCAGUAAACCAGAUGAUUGCACAGUUUGUCAAAGGUUCGAAAUGUGCGGACAGGAAGACUAAAUCAUGCUCAAAUCAAACCAACAUUAACCUUCGGAGUUUACAGAAUUGGACUUGGAGCCUUACUAACCUGAUCACAGGCAGGGACAGGGUUGGAAAGCUUGCAGGAGAUAUGAGCUACAUGUCUAAAUGGUCUUCUAUGAUCAAGCUUGUCAAAUAAUUAGGAAAAAUUUGUUUAUUUGUACACUGUACAGGGUUAUGAACAAAAGGUUACGUAAAAGUCUUUUGAUGGUUUACUAUAGCUGAUUUUGCAAAAAAAGAAAGAAAAUACCAUGAAACCAUGUUUGCUUGAAAUUGGCUUGUUUUAAGUCUCAUCAUUAAC